CAUGCGGGCAGACGGGAAGCAGGAACUGACUGAUCGGGGGAAAGUGUGUAUAUUACGAUGAGAUCGCAGCUGCUCCGCUCCUCGCUCGGCUGCUUGCUGACUGUAUGUGGCCCGUUUCCCGCUUCUUGUAUUAAUAAAGCAGUCAGACAAACUGCAGUAGCUGUGCCACUUUUGUAUUAUUCCAGAAAAACGAUGCACUAUCAAACGGAGCAGAGAGGACGCCCGAAUUCUCCAGACUACCGCAUUUAUUUUAAAACCUCUGAUGGCAAAUACAUUUCACCAUUCCAUGAUAUUCCACUUAUAGCUGAGUCAGAGCAGCAUGAUGAUGUGCCAGCAAAAAAACCUAAGGGUGAGAAGGAGGUGCUGUACAACAUGGUGGUUGAGGUCCCUCGGUGGUCAAAUGCUAAAAUGGAAAUUGCAACAAAGGAGCCACUGAAUCCCAUCAAACAAGACGUGAAGAAGGGAAAACUCAGAUAUGUGGCCAACAUUUUUCCUCAUAAAGGAUACAUUUGGAACUAUGGGGGACUUCCACAGACCUGGGAGGAUCCCAACCACAAAGACAAAGAAACUAACUGCUGUGGUGACAAUGACCCCAUUGAUGUUUGUGACAUCGGCACCCAGGUUUGCUCCCCAGGUCAGGUGAUCCAAGUCAAGGUUCUGGGCAUCCUGGCAAUGGUUGAUGAGGGAGAGAUGGACUGGAAGGUCAUCGCCAUCAAUGCAAACGAUCGAGACGCAGAAAAGCUCAACUGUAUAGAAGAUGUUCGGAAGAGCCGACCAGGUCAUUUGGAGGCUACCGUCGAGUGGUUCAGGAAAUACAAGGUGCCCGAUGGAAAGCCAGAAAACCAGUUUGGAUUCAACGGGGAAUUCAAAGACAAGGAUUUUGCUGUUGAGAUCAUUAAGUCCACCCAUGAGCACUGGAGGGCACUUGUGCAGAAGCAAACAAAUGCUGGAGGGAUUGAGUGCAAGAACGUGUCCUGCUGUAACAGUCCUUUCCAGUUCAGCGCCGAUGAGGCCAGAGCCGUCGUUCAGUCGGCUCCUGCUUUUGGUAGUGCACAUCCUGUGUCUGCAGAAGUGGACAAAUGGCAUUUCGUAUAAAGUUCUAAAGUUCCCUUGGAAACAUCAGAUCAUCUUAACAUGAAGUGAAGUAUUAUGUGUCCUGCUGCUUUUUCUUGUAUGCAGGCAGAUUUAUUUUCUAUACGUACUUGCAAUGGCAUGACAUAUAUAAACUGUAUGGGCCAACAGAGACAUGCAACACUUGUGUUUUUGGGUGAUGGUAUUUUCCUUUUAAUCAAACAACUAAGUUGGUUGUUCACUGGGGUAUAUUUGUUGGUAAUACGUGGAGUAAAGUGCGUACUCACCUGAGAACAGAUACCAGAAAUUGGAUUGUUUUUUUUUUUCAGCUACACACAUUUUGUAUACAGCAAGAAUAUGUUUCUAAUAUUGGAUAAAUAAUAAAAAAACAACAAUCUGAACUUGGCUUCUGUGCAGCUUUUUUAUUGUCCAGUUGAAGAACUUUAUUCACCUUAAGAGGGUGGAAAAAAAUGAAGCUAGUUGCUUUAAAUAAAUAUAAGUUUUAUUAAAAAAAGGGAACACCCACAUGUCGGCAACAUCAGGAAUGAUACAAUUAACAGCUUUCAAAUAAACUGCAUCCAGUACAUUAGAAUACUUACAGUAUUAACAGCCAACCUCAUUUUAUUGUUUUUAGCAUACCGAACUUCGAGAACUUGGGCAAAUUUUUUAUUUAUUUUUUUAACCUUUUUUUCUUUUUUUUUUUCUUUUUUUAGUGUCUAACUGCAAAAAGACCAAGUGUGUACAAACAGCUGGCUUAACCUCGCUGAGUUCAGCACAUAAAAUGUACAGGUUAAGUCAGGAAAGUCAUUCAAGUAAAGUUGACUCACUCAGAAACACUCUGAAGCAUCUUCAAGUAUGGCUAUGCUUUAAACCCGCUUCUGGUGCCUCGGCUUUCUCGUCGACAACCUGCUACUGUAGCUGGGUCCUGUACAAUGAUAUCCAACCUUUUUUUUUUAUUUAAUAUUCUGAAGAUUCGCUUUACAAAAACCAUUAUAAACCAGAGCCUCUAAAGAACUGAGCUAGCUUCUAUAACUGUAAACAUUGCUGGGAAAGUGAGUGUAGUAUUUACAAAAUAAUAAUAAAAACUUCCUGGAUAAUCCAUUAUCAUUUCAUUUCAUUCACCUUGAAAAGCUCCAGUUAUUAAUUUUUUAAAAUUUAUUUUAAAGGUCAUAUAUGUGGAGCCAAGGGUCUAUUUGACAAUAAAAAGAGCCUAAUGCGAAUAUCAGUGAGUUGUACUCCUGCAAUACAAAUUCUUGCUAUGUACAAUGUAACAUAAUUUAUCUCUUCUUUUUAAACACAUGUACAAUUUGUUUAAAUAAAACAUUUUUUUUUUUUUUUU